AAAAUGAAUUUAAUACAUGUUGAAUCAAUUAAUGAAAGUGCUGAUAUCCCUCUUGAAUUUAGCAAUAAUUUGGAUGAAACUGGACAAAGUCGGGAACAAGAAAAAAGCCCCUACCUUCCUUAUGAUCCAGACAAAUUUUCUCUAGCACAUUUUUAUCGUCCACAAAAUGAUGUUGUUGCUUCCUGGAUUGUGCAAGCGGGGAUGGAAGGAAUUGAUAGAUAUGAAAUUUCUUCUCGUUUGGGAAUUGAUGCUGACACAAAACCUGGGAAUAGACUUGUCUCUACUUCAAUACACAGCACUGUGAGAAAUCGAGAAAAAUAUUUUGGAGAAUUUCAAAAGACGGAAGGACGUUUUAGAGUCAAAAAAUAUUUUUUUAAAUGUGCCCAAAAUGAGGCUGGAGGUGAAUUAUAUGUUAAAUAUAGCCAACGUUUCAAGGAAUUGACUGGCGUGGAUUGCCCUUUUCGGUUUGGCGAUUUACUGAAAUUUCCUGGAUACAAUUUAAACACACUUCGCAUUACUGACAUUACUUUAAAAAGAUUAAUUCAAAUUCUUGAAUAUUUAAAAGAUGUAAAAGCUGUAUUAACCAAUAUACGUCUACAAACAUAUAUUACUUUUCUUGAACAAAAUGAGGGAUAUCAAUUUUCGAUUGACAGAAAAUCUAUUAAAAAAUUACUUUUGGCUUUGUUGCAAAAAAAGUUUAUAAAUAUUUUGAAAUUGGAAGUUCUUGAAAAUGGAAUUGCUCAAACGUUACUUCUCAUCCGUGCCAGCAGUUUUUUCUUAAAUCCAGUCUCAAAAUUUUGGCCACAUCCAAAAGUUAUGCGCAAUCUUAUGCAUGAAUUUGUUCCAGGUUGCCGUUUUCGAGACGCGCCGACGUUCGAGUCAUUUUUUUGAACCUCAUUUUUUCG